CUCCCAGCAGCCUUUGCAGUUGCUCGCGCUUAUCCGAUUGGUGGAAUUUGAAAAUAAGUACGCGCGAAGUUAAAGGCAAUAUAAUACACACUUUAUCCUUUGACAAUUAUAGCAAUAUGAUGGAGUCAGGGCUAAAGGAUGAGAAGGCAAGACCGGAGACGAUAGUUGUGGAAGAUUUAAGGAGAAAUCUGUCCUCGGAGUUCAGCGAGUGUUCAGAUUUCCAGGACCCGUCUGACCUGGAGAAGGAACACUUGAAGGUGUAUCUUAGGAUAAGACCAUUUUCAACAGCUGAGAUUGAGAAUGGAGAAUCACAGGACUGUGUGGCUAUUCAGCCUCCAGAGACUGUGCUCCUCAAAGCUCCACAAUCAUCUCUUUUUGCCAGGCUCAGCGAUAAGUCAGUGCCAGUUACAGCUCAAGGUUUCCAGUUCUCUCAGGUUUAUGGUCCAGACACUACACAGGAGGAGAUGUUUGAUGGCACAGUGAAGGGUCUUGUGAGGGAUGUGCUAGAGGGACAAAAUUCUCUGGUGUUUACAUACGGUGUUACUAAUGCUGGGAAGACCUUCACUUUUUUAGGUCCAGAUACUGAUCCAGGCAUCUUGCCUCGUUCCCUCAACAUGAUCUUCAGUAGUCUGGAUGGUCGCAUCUUCAACCAGAUGUGCCUAAAACCCCAGAGGUGCUGGGAUUUCAUCAGGCUCACCAAAGAGCAGCAAAACGAGGAAGCAGCUGGCAAACGCAACCUGCUCAAGCUUUUUAAAGAGACUGAUGCACCGAAGAGUACGUCUUGCCAUAGCUCGAAGUCUGAUCUUGAAGAUGGUUCCACUUUAUGUGAUAUAAGCUCUGCAGUGAAUGAGAGGAGUUUGGUUGUGGAUAUGGACAUACACACCAAGUUUUCAAUUUGGGUCUCAUUCUGCGAGAUCUACAAUGAGAACAUCCACGACUUGCUAGAACAGCAUUCAAACAAUGCUUCACGAAGAACCAACCUCCGUCUUUGUCAGGAUGUCAAAGGGAACUCAUUCAUCAAAGAUCUGAGAUGGGUGCAGGUGAGCAGUGUUGAUGAAGCCUUGAAAGUGAUGAAACUGGGCAAAAAGAACCAGAGCAUCUCCAGCACUAAACUCAACAUUCUCUCCAGCAGGAGCCACAGUAUUUUCUCUGUCCGGAUCCUGAAGGUGGAAGAUGUGGGAAUACCCAGAGUGGAGUCAGUCAGCGAGCUGGCGCUGUGUGAUCUGGCCGGAUCUGAGCGAUGUGCUAAAACACAAAAUAAAGGGGAACGGCUGAAAGAGGCAGGAAACAUCAACACCUCUCUACUCAGCCUGGGAAAAUGCAUCAGUGCGCUCAGAAAUAACCAGCAGGCCAGACAGCACGUUCCAUUCAGAGAGAGUAAACUCACUCACUAUCUGCAGGGAUACUUUACCGGCCGGGGCAAAGCCUGUAUGAUUGUAAACAUUAACCAGUGCGCCUCCAUGCAUGAUGAGACGGUCAACGUCCUCAAGUUCUCUGCCGUAGCUCAAAAGGUGGUGGUUCUCACCACUAAGAGCGUUCCAGUGGUGGUGAAAAGGAGUGCCAGAGAGGUAUCCUUCAUUAUCAACAACGCUGAUCGCCGGCAAAUGCGGCGCAGCUCACUGGUACGGUGGGACCCCAGCCUUGAGGAUGUCCAAGAAGAUUCUGACACUGAGGAGGAUGAAGAGGAAAGUGAAAUGGAGGACACCAUUCUGGAUGCUGAGGAAGAGGGGAAAGAGACUGUGCUGCUUGAUAAGGAGGUUUAUGAGGCCCAACUGCAGUUUAUAGAGGAGAUUCAGCAGCAGCUGAGUAAGGACAAAGCUGAACACUUAGCUCUCGAGGCACGUGUUCGAGAUGAAGUUACAAAAGAAUACUCUGAGCUGAUUUCCCAGAUGCAGGAAGAUUACAGCAAGCGCAUAUCCAGAGAGAGGGAACUGAUUGAGGAACGGUGUGAACGGAGACUGGAGAUUCUCAAAAACCUGGUGGGAAAAACAGCUGUGAAGGACGACAGCAUGAAUUCAGCUGCUACCAAAUCAGAGGAAGAGAACCAUGUCUCUCUAGACAGCAUGCUUGACUCUAUGACCAGUGACCUGGCUGGAAUCAGACAGGAUGCCCAGGCUGCCCAGUCCUGCUUGGUGACCUCCAACCCUAGAGUCUCUGUGACACUGCUAGACCUUAAAAAAAAGGUCACCGCACUUUCAAAACUGCUCAGUGAAACUCAGAAUCAGCUGUCACUAAAAACACAGGAGCUGGAAACCCAGAGCAGACUGUCAGAUGAACUGGAGGAUUUGAAGAAGACUCUGGAGAGCCACAGGCAAAGGGAAUGGGAUCUAAGUGAAAUGUGUAGGAAAAAGGAUGAGAUUGUUGCCAAACUCCAGACAGCUCUUGACCAACAUGUAGAAAACACAGCUCAGGAUAGAACUCAAAUUGACUCCAUCAAAAAGCAGAUCAUCCAGCUUAAACACAAUUGUACCUGCUCAGAGCAGCGGCCUGCCAGCCAGAGUGAAACCAGAAAGCGGUGUCAGGAAUGGGAGGGGCUUGAUGGACAACCCCCACUCAAGAAAGGUCCCCUGGAAGACUCAAAAGUACAAGACGAUGUUUCAAAUAAUGGAUGUCCACACUCCGCCCUUCUUGAGGUAAAAGGUCAGCUGGAGUGUUGCCUUGCUGAAUCCAAACAAAAAGACAAGCAGAUCACAGAUCUGGAACAGGAANNCCACACAUUAGAUGUUUGCAUCCAGGAUCUGAAAUCUAAACUGCAAGAAAGAGUUUCACAGGAGCAUAUUCUGCAAGGGAAGGUAUAUCAGACAUCAUUGGAAACCAAACCAAUGGCAACGGCAGUGGAUUGCAGCAUUUUGAAAUUAGAAGUUGUGUCCAGUUAUAGCAACACUACAGAACAUUCAAAAGGUGCAUAUCAAGAACUGGCUGCUGUCAAAUCACAAAUGGCUAAGCAAGAUUGCGAACUGGGAGAAAGGAGCAAACACAUCUUGACUCUUGAACAGGAAAUUACACUACAGAAACACAUUAGCGACUAUGAUUACCUCAAAAAAGUAAACUCUGACCUGCAGGCUGAAGUCACAACCCUUCAUGGGGUCAGAGCUGAACUAGAGAAGGUCAGAUGCCUUGAGAAAGAGAAAGAAGGGUUUAAAGAUGGGGAGGUGGGGCCGAUGAACCCUGACACUCUUGAAUCUAAAAACAGGGAGACCCAUAGCAAAAUAAACAUCACAGUGUCUGAAAAGGAGGCUGAACUGGCACAGAGGGAGAAUACCCUAGCGUCAAAGGAGGCUCAGCUCUUAGUGCUGCAGAAGAGGCUGAAGGAAGAGCAGGAGCGUCUGGAGGAGGAGGAGACGCAACCUGUGCAGGAGGCACGCAGGAAGGAGGCGGAGAGGAGGAGAGAGCUGCUGGCUGUGGCAGAGGAGGCCAUUGCUCAGAAAGAUGCAGAGCUACGGAAGAGACAAGAAGAGAUCAACCGGUUAAAGGAGGAGAUUAAAACUAGCGAGUGUAAGUUGAACAGUAUGGCUGUCGAUCUGCGCAGAAGGGAAGAUGAUUUUUCUGAUCUUCGGGAAAAACUCUGUGACUCAAAGAAACAGAUUCAACAGGUCCAGAAAGAGAUUUCCUCCAUGCGGGAUGCUGAGAAAUCUCUACGAUUGAAGCUCAGUGAUCUAGAAAAGACUAAAGCACAGCUCCAGAAUGAGAUCGCCAACAGGGACCGCGCCAUCAACCAGCUGAAAGCUGAACGAUCUUGAACGAAGUCAGAUGAGAAUCUGCUGCUUUAUCAGAAAGCAUGUAAAGAUUUGCAGGAGCGUGAGCGUGUUAUUGAAGACAUGAGCUGGACCUGGAGCUGGACAACAGAGAGGCUCAGAUCUCAGGAGGUCACUGAGGACAGCAGGACCGAGGCACUGCAGGCAGAGCUGGUUGCAAAGGAAGCAGAGGUCCAGAAACUAAAGGAACAGCUCUGUGUCAGUGUCAUAGACAGCAGCCUUCGCAGAAACUCAUCUACCCAGAGUUCGUCUGGUAGCUGUCCGCUGGUGCUCGAUUCAUCAGAGAUCUCCACGGAAACAGGCAAACGUUCCAGGUUUCCGCGGCCUGAGUUGGAAAUUUCCUUCAGCCCUCUGCAGCCGAAUCGUUUCGCUCUUAAGCAGCAAGGUGAAGACUCCGCCAUUACUGUUAAAAUCUACCGACCCACACGCAAGAGGAAGAGCGGAGAGAUGGAGAAGACACUUGCGGACACUUGUUUUGGGAGCAAUAACAAUAAUUAUAGAAUACACAAGGAAAGGGGCAGAAGCAGUGUGGUGAAAAAGAAAGCUUUUUCUGAACCCAGUUCUCAGGAUGGGGUGGAAAGUGACAACAUCAGGAAUACAAGGAGUAGAAUGACUCCUCGCCUACCGCCUCAUCAGGAAGAGCCCUCUAAUGCCCAGGAGUCGAACCAAAAAGGGAGAAAAGACAAAACGAUGCAGAAGAUUGGAGACUUUCUUCAGGGCUCUCCUACCUUUCUUGGAAGUAAAGCAAAGAGGAUCAUGGGAUUGAUGAGCGGAAAGUCCCCUGAUGGUGGGGCGAUGUCUUUAAAACUCAAAUCCAAACGUGACAGACGGAAACACGACAGGCCAGAUAUCUCCUCCCCAAUGGAAAUACCAGCCCAUCAGAUCAUUGGCCGGAAUCGAGAGAAGAAAGAUGAAAACCUUAUCAAGAAAUGUCUUCGUCCUAUGACCGCGAAAUAAGCUGGAAGGAAAUGUAUUUUUAUUUAAAUGUUUUUUUGUAUUUUUU